AUGACCUCUGCUAAUGAUACUGGAAUCGUCUUGUACCACUAUAGCUUCUCGCCGUACGCACGCCGGGUGGUAUGGUACUUGGCUUUGCGGGGUAUCUCGUAUGCACAAUGUAUUCAACCUCCCAUUUUACCUCGUCCAGAUCUCAACAUGCUGGGGGUCAACUAUCGGCGGAUCCCCGUCCUCGCCAUCGGGCGCGACAUCUAUCUUGAUACCCGUCUUAUACUCUCCAAACUCGAAGCGCACUUCCCUUAUCCUGUUUCCACGAUCCCCGACUCCCAGAUCUUCACGCCGACGUCAACCCUGACGCUCGACCAACGCGCACUCAGCUAUCUACUCGCCCGCUGGACUGCCAGCCCGGAAGUUUCUACAGCAGCCGCAGGAUGCAUUCCGACCAAUUUGCCAAUAUUCGAGGAUGCAAAGUUCGUGAAAGACAGAGAGGAACUGUUCGGGAGAAGUUGGAAAAAAGAAGAUCUUGAAAAAGGAAGAGCGGUAGCGGUGUCUGGGAUGCUCUCCGCAUUCGAGUUCGUGGAAGGUUUGUUUGGGGACGGAAGGCAAUGGAUUCUGGGGACGAAGAACGUCAGUGUAGGGGAUAUCGAAGCUAUCAGACCAUUUCACUGGCUCACAAACAUGCCAGGAGCUCUCUCUCCUGUUCUCAUCUCGCCUACGCAAUUUCCUGAAACCUUCAAUUGGAUCUCCCGCUUUGACCAACUCGUCAAAACCGCUCAGAACACUCUCCCACCGAUCACAAGGCUGAACGGACCAGACGCAUCCAAGCGUAUCCUCUCUUCCGACUAUGUUGACAGCAAACUAGCCACUGGGUCUGUUCCUGGCGUAAAGAUGGGAGAAGCUGAUCCUAGUGGGUUGAAGCCUGGCGAAGAGGUUAGUCUGUCGCCAACCGAUACCGGCGUGAAUCAUAAGGACGUGGGCAAGCUGGUGUGGUUAGAUGGGGAGGAGAUUGUUCUCGAGAAGAAGAGGGAGGAGGGAGUCACUAUUAGAAUCCAUGCUCCUCGGCAUGGGUUCAAGGUAGUCAGGGCGGGUGCUAGUGAGGAGUCGUAA